AUGGCGCCCAACGGUCAUUUAGCUUCUGGCAAGAAGGGUACUCGUAAGUCUCGUGAUGCCCAGUCCUCAUCAUGGAUGGACAAGCAUGGCUUCGAGGAGUACGAGGCCUGGAAAGAAGCAAAUCCCGACACUCGCCUUCCCUACGACGACUGGAGGCGGUCGAAUCAACAUGCCAGCGGUCUCUCGCUUUACUAUACGACUUUGCGCAUUUUUGAAGAGUCGGAUUCCAGUGACGAAAAUGGUCAGCCAGUCAAAGCUAAACCUCAACCCACCAAACCACGUGGUCAGGUUGGUCGUCCUAGGAAAUCAGCAGCCAUGAAUGGCAAUGGACAACCGCGUUCGGCUGGAACCGCAACGCCGUCUAAGCCUGGGAACCUAGAAGACUCGAGUCCCUCUGCUAAGAAGAAGCGAAAGGCGCGAAAGAAGCCACUUUCGGAGGAGAUUAUCGCAUCAGCGAGUGAUAGUGAUGACGCUGCCAAAGACCCUGAAACCUCAACACCGGGAGCUGAGACUGCAACACCCGCGGCUCCUACCAUUACCAUUACCAUGAAUAGCAAACGCAAGACUUCUACUCGUAAGGCUAGGAAGAAGCCUAUUUCGGAAGAAACCAUCUCGCCUGAAGAUGAGCUCGACGAUCCUAUGGACAUCACGAUCGAUGAGGUUACGAAAUCCACGAUUGCGUCUCCGUUGCCUGUUCGUUCUGCUCCGAAGUUUCCGGUCACGGCACCAGUUGCAAAUCCGCCCAAGAAGAGCCAUAUUCUCAAACUAAGUACCAGGAAGACACCGAAGAAGCAGGAACUUUCCGAAGAAACUGUGACAGAGGACGUUGGCGAGGCCAAUGCUUCUUCGCAAGCUACACCCAGCACGUUUGGCAAGGGUACCCAGCCGAGAAUUUCUAUUCAUACAGACGCCACACCCAAAUCAAAUGGCGAUCCAGAUUCGGCCACUGCUUCACCUGCUUCGACAAGCGCACCGGGAUCAACCCGACGUGGCCUGCGCACUCGCAAGCCUGCUCAACAGAGGCCUUACUACCAUGAUUCACAACUGUUUGAGGAUGUAGCGCCAGGUAAUGUUGAUGUCCAUGACCAAGAAACUAUGUCGUCUCCUGUCGUACAGAGCAGAAGAGUAUCUAUCGCUUCGCUUAGCAGGAAUGUUGACGAUGCGCUACUAGCCUCGCUGGACGAAGAAGCCAUGGCGCUGCUACAAGAAGAGGCCGAAUCAGAACCCACCAAGCCGAAACAUUUCAAGGGCAAGGGACGCGCUUGGAAGAAAGAAGGUUCGGAUGAAGAUGAAGACUAUUCGCUUGCUGCGAAGAAGAAGGCAGCAAAAGCAGCAAAGUUGAAGGCAAAGGGCCAGGUGCCCAAGAAGCGAGGUCGGCCAAGGAAGAGCGGACGGUCUGAGGAGCUUGUUGGCGAAGAUACUGACGAGGACAAAGAGAAUAUAAAGCGGAAGAAGCCCCUUCCACGCAAGAGCGCAUUGUCUGAGGAGAUUAUACAGGAUAGUUCGGAUGGCGGAGAGGAGGACAAGGAGGACAAGGAGGAGAAGUCUAUUGUAGAAGAGGGUUCGGUACAAACAGAGAACACGGCUGAGCAAGAGCAUAAUGUUGAGGAACAAAAGAAAGUCGAGGAAGAUAAUGGAGAGAAAGUGGAAAUCACAGAGAAAGAGGAAGUACCAGUGGAGAACAUGACCAUUGUCGAAGAUGAGGCGAAGGUUGGGCAAGAAGAAGAGCAGAAAAUAGAACAAGAAGAGCAGGACAAAGAAGUAGUGACGGUGGAAACGGAUGCGAGGACUGAGGAGGAUGAGAAGAAGGUGCCCGAAGAAAAGGUGGCAGAAGAGAAGAAAGCUGAAGAGGUGCAGAAGGAGGAUGCAAAAGAGCAGAAAGAAGCCUCAGUGGCUCCAGCCAGCCCGCAAGACCGAUCAUGGACACCCGAAGGUCUACCAAACCCUAUACUUCUACCUGACGACCACGCAAAAGACGAGCCAACUGCCAAGAUAGAUGAUGAGCAGGAGAUAGCUAGUCCCUUUCGAAAAAGCUGA